AUGGAAACGAUUACUGCCACGAUUGUUCGAUAUUCUUUUGUGACAAAGCAACCUGCCUCUAUAGUUUUUCAUUUGGCAUUUCCAUUUUUUGAACUUAAUUUGAUCUUAUCUAACUGGGAAACGAAUCCAAAUAUAAAUCGUAAAAACUUUAUAUUUAACACUCUGUUUCCUAAUAUUACCACUGGAGAUUCAAAAUCAUAUUCAACUGAUCGAUAUAUAUCAAAUAAUGUUACGUCGUGGAUUCGAAAUUGGUUAUCUUAUGCGCACUCUCAGUAUGAGAUUGUGCCAUCCCUUAUAGACGAAAAUAUUACAAUAUCUUUAAACGAUAAUUUAUGUGAUACACUUGAACAAUGUUCACAACAAUGUAUAUUAAUUGAUCAUAUAGAAUCUGCGCAUAUUUUACGCGAAUCUUCUAUGAUAAAUUCUACAAAAGAAAUUGAAUAUUCACGUUUUAAAGAACUUUUUUAUGAUGACGAAAUAGAGUGUAAUAAAAAUAUUUGUCUUCAAGAAACUUUAUAUUCUUCAGCGUUACCAGAGCAACGCAUUGAAUCACAAAACAUUGAUAAUGAAAUCGAUACAUGUUCCAAAUUUUAUUCGGCGGUAGAACAGCAAGACGAAUUUGUUGGAGUUGUGAAUUCUCCAACAAAAUCCUUGGAACCAUCUCUUGAAAAAUCUUGCAAUAUUGAAUCAUCUAACAACAUUUCACAUGACAUGCAACAAAUAGAAGAAACUUCGGAAACUUCACAAAUGACACAAUCAGUUUCAAGUAUUAUGUCACAAGAAUGUGAAAAAAUAGAAAACAACGGUGAACGAUGUCUUUUGGAUAAUUCUCUAUAUGUAACUGUUGUCCCUGAAGUUAUACAUAUAGAACGUGCUCCAGCAUCUCUCGCUGACCUGCCUCUUGACAUUUUCAUCGAAAUAUGUUACCAUCUAUCACCAAACUCCCUCUUCGCGCUUAUUGGUGUGUGUAAGCAAUUUAGAAAUUGGUUACGUUCAAGUUCAUCGCAUAUCACCACUGACAUUUGGCGAACUUCUCGAACAAAAUUUAUCUCUUAUUUACCAAGACCACCGCCCGUUGGCAUAGAUGAAAUUACCUAUAUUAAGUUGGCUAUGCUAGAACGUGGUUGUCAAUAUUGUGGUGCAAAAACAGAAACCCCUAAAGUAUAUUGGGCUUUUCGUGUACGCUGUUGUUCUACUUGUCUAAGAAAAAGAAUUACCACUCCUGACAAUCUUCCUCAUUGGGCAAAAACACCAAUUGAUAUCACAACAGUCGUACCUUAUGAAAACGUUCCUGUUCUUAAUUCUACUACUGGUGCAAAAAUUAUAGCUUAUUUAAAUUCUCAUCUAGAAUCAGCACGUCGUGAAUUCAUAUCGACACCACCAAAACAUCGAGCUAACUGGAUUCAAAAGAAAAAAACCAUGGUUGCUCAAAUCUUAACAAAUGUUCAGAAACGUGAAAGGCUUGAUGAAUUAUAUCUUCGUAAGAAAUCAUUAGAAGAUAUGAGAACAUUUAAAAUGUUAAUUGAAGAAUUUAAACAAACAAAGGAUGAAAAAGGUCUAAAACCUUAUAAAGAAAAAUAUAUAGUUCAAUUACCUUCUUAUAUUGAAGCAAAAGAAGUAUAUAGAAUUCCUUUCAUGACAAAUCCAUGGCCAACAUUCGUUUUAAGAUUGAAAAAUGAAUAUACUGAUUUAAUGAAGAAAACUGUGAGACUUGAACAAAUCACAAACGCGAUUUUAUCUCUUAUCACUUCUUACGACACACUUUCCUGUGCUAUAAAUAUGCCCCCAGGUUCUGGUUAUCAAAUUUAUAUAUCUGAUCCUGUUAUCGAUUGUCUUCACUGGUGCCCUUCGUUUUGUAAUCCACCAUUUGUUAACAAUGACCCAUUAAUUCCAUGGACUGAUGAAUUUUUAAUUCAAACAUUAAUUCCGAGACUUCGUAAAGAAGCCCGUAGAUUAGUUAAAAAAUCUAAAGUUAAUCGACCUGGACCUUUCACAACUGUUAAAGGAUGUAUCAAUUUGGCAGCUAAACAAUUUGAUGAUGAAGACAAAGAGUUAUUCGUUUGUAAACUUUGUUGGAAGUCAUCUAAAAGGUUACACAGCUAUGAUGCUAUUUGUAGGCACCUUACCAGCGGAUGUCAUUCUAUUGGAAGAGUUGAUAAUGAAAGGAUGAUUGAAGUUGACAAAGAUGUGGUUAAAAAAGUUUUGCCAAAUUGGUUCGCUAGUAUAAUUUAA